GCCGCGGGCCGCGCGCGCGGGGAGGGGCGGGGGCGGCGGGCGCGCCGAGUUGGUCUCGGCUCAGCCCCCGGCGCGGGUAGCAGUCGGCGGCCGCCCCGUCCUGAGGGCGCUGGCGUCGCCUGCCUCCGCCAGCCAGCGCGGAGUGCCGGCGGCCACCGAACCAGCAGGCAGGAGUAGCGCCGAGCCCUGCUUCCAGCCCGCCUUUCUUCUCUGUUUCUCUCCUCUCUGUGCCUGCCGCCGCUGCCGCGAUGGAAGAGGAGCGGGCGGGCGAGCAGAUGAGACCGUUGCUCACCACGGGUCAUGAUGAAGAAGCCAUUGUGGAUAUGGGCAAAAUCAGCUCUACUAUCAACACAAACUUUGAAAAAGAAGAACUAGAGAGCCACAGAGCUGUCUAUAUUGGAGUUCACGUCCCGUUUGGAAAGCAGGGUCGUCGACGGCACAGGCAUCGUGGGCACAGGCAUCACAGAAGAAAAAAAGAAAAAGAAACUGACAGAGAGGAUGGUCGAGAAUCUCCAUCUUAUGAUACGCCAUCCCAACGAGUGCAAUUUAUCCUGGGUACUGAAGAUGAUGAUGAACAUAUUCCCCAUGAUCUCUUCACUGAAAUGGAUGAACUUUGCUUCAGAGAUGGAGAAGAAUAUGAAUGGAAAGAAACUGCUAGGUGGCUAAAAUUUGAAGAGGAUGUUGAAGACGGUGGUGAUCGAUGGAGCAAACCUUAUGUAGCAACUCUGUCUCUGCACAGUCUCUUCGAACUGCGAAGCUGUAUUCUUAAUGGGACGGUCAUGUUGGACAUGAGAGCAAACACACUAGAUGAGAUAGCAGAUAUGGUUUUGGACAACAUGAUUGCCUCUGGCCAGCUGGAUGAAUCCAUAAGAGAGAAUGUAAGAGAGGCUCUUCUCAAAAGACACCAUCACCAGAAUGAGAAAAAAUUCAGCAGUCGGAUUCCCCUGGUUCGGUCUUUUGCAGAUAUAGGCAAGAAACAUUCUGACCCUCACUUGCUUGAACGAAACGGGCUCUUAGCAUCUCCACAGUCAGCACCUGGGAAUUUAGACACUGGGAAAUGUGGAGACGUUAAAGGUACUGGAACAGGAGGAAGCAGAGAAAACAGCACCGUUGAUUUUAGUAAGGUUGAUAUGAACUUCAUGAGGAAAAUUCCUUCAGGAGCAGAAGCAUCAAAUGUGUUAGUGGGAGAAGUAGAUUUUUUAGAAAGACCUAUUAUUGCAUUUGUGAGGCUUUCCCCUGCUGUGCUUCUCUCAGGCCUCACAGAGGUUCCAGUUCCUACACGAUUUUUGUUUUUGUUGCUGGGACCAGCAGGCAAAGCACCACAGUACCAUGAAAUUGGAAGAUCAAUAGCUACGCUUAUGACAGAUGAUGUUUUCCAUGAUGUUGCUUAUAAAGCUAAAGAUAGAAAUGAUUUAUUAUCAGGAAUUGAUGAGUUUUUAGACCAAGUGACAGUCCUGCCUCCAGGAGAAUGGGAUCCAUCUAUACGAAUUGAACCACCAAAAAGUGUUCCUUCCCAGGAGAAAAGGAAGAUACCUAAGUUUCCAAACGGAUCUACUCCUACAGGAGAGACUCUCAAAGAAGAAGGCCAUCAUGCUGGACCUGAACUUGAGAGAACUGGAAGGCUUUUUGGUGGUUUGAUACUUGACAUCAAAAGGAAAGCACCUUUUUUCUUGAGUGACUUCAAGGAUGCAUUAAGCCUGCAGUGCCUGGCCUCGAUUCUUUUCCUAUACUGUGCCUGUAUGUCUCCUGUAAUCACUUUUGGAGGGCUCCUGGGAGAAGCUACACAAGGCAGAAUAAGUGCAAUAGAGUCUCUCUUUGGAGCCUCAUUAACUGGGAUUGCCUAUUCUCUCUUUGCUGGGCAACCUCUUACUAUUUUGGGGAGCACCGGACCAGUUCUAGUAUUUGAAAAAAUAUUAUUUAAAUUUUGCAGAGACUAUAAGCUUUCCUACCUCUCCUUGCGAACUAGCAUUGGUCUGUGGACUGCAUUUUUAUGCAUAGUACUUGUAGCAACAGAUGCCAGCAGCCUUGUGUGUUACAUCACUCGAUUUACUGAAGAAGCUUUUGCAGCACUUAUAUGCAUCAUAUUUAUUUAUGAGGCAUUGGAAAAGCUUUUUCAUUUGGGAGAAUUGUAUGCCUUCAAUAUGCACAAUGAUUUGGAUAAACUGACUUUAUAUUCGUGUGUGUGUUCUAAGCCUCAGAAUCCUAGCAAUGAAACUUUAUUGAUGUGGGGGAGUAUGAAUAAGUCUGUGGAAACUAUAGUGUGGAGUAACCUUACGGUUUCUGAAUGUUUUGAAUUUCAUGGUGUGUUUCAUGGAUCAGCUUGUGGUCAUCAUGGACCAUAUAUUCCAGAUGUUCUUUUCUGGUCUGUCAUACUGUUUUUUACAACAUUUUUCCUCUCCUCUUUUCUUAAGCAAUUCAAGACCAAACGCUAUUUCCCAACUAAGGUACGUUCUACCAUCAGUGACUUUGCAGUAUUUCUGACCAUAGUAAUCAUGGUUUUGAUUGACUAUCUUGUAGGAGUACCUUCUCCUAAGCUUCAUGUUCCAGAGAAAUUUGAACCUACUCGAAAAGACCGGGGAUGGUUCAUAGAUCCUCUUGGAGGCAAUCCUUGGUGGACACUCUUGGUAGCUGCUGUUCCUGCUUUACUCUGUACCAUUCUUAUUUUCAUGGAUCAACAAAUAACAGCUGUUAUUAUAAACAGAAAAGAGCAUAAGCUGAAGAAAGGCUGUGGUUAUCAUCUUGAUCUGCUGAUGGUUGGUGUUAUGUUGGGCAUAUGUUCUAUCAUGGGCUUACCAUGGUUUGUUGCUGCAACUGUCCUGUCUAUAAGUCAUGUUAACAGCCUGAAAGUAGAGUCUGAAUGCUCUGCCCCAGGAGAGCAACCAAAGUUUUUGGGAAUCCGUGAACAGCGAGUGACAGGAUUGAUGAUUUUUGUCCUGAUGGGGCUGUCAGUGUUCAUGACCUCUGUGUUAAAGUUUAUUCCAAUGCCAGUUUUGUAUGGUGUCUUUCUUUACAUGGGAGUAUCUUCAUUAAAAGGCAUUCAGUUUUUUGAUCGUAUAAAGCUGUUUGGAAUGCCUGCCAAACAUCAACCUGACCUGAUAUAUCUACGUUAUGUGCCACUCUGGAAGGUCCAUAUCUUUACAGUUAUUCAGCUCACUUGUCUAGUUUUGUUGUGGGUGAUUAAAGCCUCUGCAGCUGCUGUUGUUUUCCCUAUGAUGGUUCUAGCAUUAGUGUUCAUUCGCAAGCUCAUGGAUUUAUGUUUCACCAAAAGAGAGCUUAGCUGGCUUGAUGAUCUUAUGCCAGAAAGUAAAAAGAAGAAAGAAGAUGACAAAAAGAAAAAGGAAAAAGCAGAAGCAGAGAGAAUGCUUCAGACAGGGGACAGUGAAAGUGUACACCUUCGAUAUGAAGAAGCAAAUGUCUUGGAUUUUCCUGUAAAAACCCUUAAAUACAGCGUUGAUCCCUCAAUUGUAAACAUAUCAGACGAAAUGGCCAAAACUGCACAGUGGAAGGCUCUUGCCAUGAGUACUGAGAAUGCGAAAGUAACCAGAACUAACCUGAGCCCUGAGAAGCCAGAAAGCGUGAAAAUAAAUAUGGAAGAUGCACCUGUUGUGAAAUAUGUGGAUGCUGAAACAUCUUUAUAGAACUGAACCAAGGGGAAUUUUGUGUAUUUGUGUGCGUGUGUGUGUAUGUGCAAUAUAUAUAUAUAUAUGUAUACACACACACACACACAUAUAUAUAUAUCUCACUGUAGGAUAUCAUACCAUUGAAGUGUGAUUUCCAAGUUUAAGGAGUAACAUAUAUUUAAUUCUGCCAUUGUUUACGGCACUGUAGAUAUGCUUGCAUAAUGAGAAAAUUUUCCUACAAAUAAGAUGAGUGGUAAUCACACUUCAGAUAUUUAUUUUAUUGGAAAUUUUAUUUUCAUUUUUAAAUAGGAAGAUUGUAAUGAAUGCUUAUUCUUUUCAAUAAUCAUUAUGUGCAUAAAAGUUAAAUCAGCUUUUGCUGAUUUCCAUGUUGCUUAAAAUUUUGCAAUACCUCUGUGUUUAUAGUGUGUUACAGAAGUUAAUUUUCCAUGCAGACAGUUACUGCGUGUUUUUAGGCAGGGUAAGCGUGUUUUUUGUGAUUUCAUAGAACGAUUAUUAAUGUGCUGUUAACAUGAACUACUGUGUUUUAUGUCUCCACUACAUGCUAAUUUUUUUUGGAUUCUGUCACUCAUUAUAUAGAAGUGGCCUAGAGCUCUAAGUCAGGUGAUUAAUCUGUAGAAUAUAUAUAAAUAUCCUGUUCUGAUACUUUUUUUAAUCCACUCUUGAUUUUAAAUAUCCUGUUCUGUUACUUUUUUUUUUUUUUUUAAAUCCACUCUUGAAUUUUUUUCAUUAUCACCCAGCAGUAGUAUGGGUGCAGUAACUGUAGUUACAACCUCAAGUCAGUAUUUGCCAUUCUGGAAACUCCAUGCUUAAACAACAUAAAUUGGAUUUACAGACAGAAGUUCGGGAUACAGGAAUUUAUACAUACUGCACUAGUAGUCUUGAAUUCUUUCCUUCCUGUUUUUAUUUACAUUUUCCAUUCACUUUAAAAGUUUUAUUUGCUCAGCUGUAAGACUGAAACUUUGGAAUAUUUCAUGUCCUCCUCAAAAUAUCUAUCUUGCUUAAUUCAUUUUUAAACUUAUUGUGUAUUUAAUUAAAUUAGCUGUAGUUGGUUAUAAUUCUGUAAUAGGUUUAUGACCAGUAUUGUUUCAUGGAUUACAAAUUGCUUUGUGGUAUUUGUGUUUACAGUUCCGAUUGUCCCCAUUGUAAAGGGCAUAUAUGAUAGCACACCAACCUAUUUUUAAACAUUCUAUUUAUUUUAAUUAUCAUAAAUUUUUUAUCAUGUAAGACAAAUUGAAAAAAUAAAUAUUGAUUUAUUAAAGUAAAUGGGAUUUUGGGGGGGCUCACUUAAACUGUUUGAAAAUGCAGUCAGUGCGUUCAUUGCAUUAGAACUUGAAGGUGUAAUGUUCAGCGUUCUGAUUUUGAAAGAAUUAUGCUUUUAUGUAAAAAACAAAAUCUUGGUCACUUACUUGCUGCAGUUUCCCUUAUUGAUAUUUUUUGCCUUACACCUUAGUUUUUGCCUUUAAUUCCUGAAAUGGUCUCUCUACAUUUUGAACUGCUGCCAGCCCUCUCUGGCUUUAAUUAUGAUCCGUGCUCACUUAAAAAUGGAAGAUGCUGUUAGGUUAACUUUGCUUUCUGCAAAAUGGAGAGUUUUACCAUGGGCAACACAGUAAAAUUCUCAAGAUCUUCAAAAGAAGCAGACUUUGGAGGAGGGCAUAGUUCAUCUGAAAAUACCACCUGAGCUGGAAUUUUGGUGCUCUUCAGAUAAGUGUCAUUUGGAGAGAAGAUAAUUGUAUAUUACAAAGCAAUCAGUGGGAAUAAAUGGAAAUACUAGACGUAGCAUUUAAGUUACAUGGACUGCUACCAUUCCCUUUGAUCAAAGCAUAAUGGAAUAAUGUUUUUCAUUUUUUUUUAUUUUGCUGAAUUCUGAGAAAGACAAUUUACUAAAAGUAUGUUUAGAGCAAUAUGAAUAAUGCUAUCCAAACUGUUGUAACAGAGGCUCAGGUCAGUGAAAAAGCAAGUGAGGUCUGCAUUACCAAUUUGAAUAAUACUGUGUAAUGAGCUGUGUAGGUGUUUCUCUACUCUUAGAUAUUAGUGUAGCUUGUGCCUUAGCUUGAGUAUGUGUUUUUUCAUAAAAUACCCAUUUUUUCCCACUAGUUAAACUGAGAUGCAGUGAAACUGUGGUAAUGGUUUCCCCAAACCUUCUGCAUUAUCCACCUCCCCACCCCCCAGAAAAACCCCAAGUACUCAUCUGCAGCAUCACAUCUGCAGUCAGUUGUUGACUGCUAAGUAGCUCAUGCUGAAUCCAAGGAUGAAAAUAAUAUUUUUAGCGGUUUACAGAGCAUUAUCCAUAAUGCAUUACUUUCGUAUCAGUCUUCCCAGUAAUACCUGUGCAAUUCACAGCCCUACAACAAUUUCUGAAGACCCAUGCAGUUGUUAACAAGCUUCAUAGUUUUUAAACUCUGUAAUGCCAGAAAUCAAGGUUCCCUGGUCCUGCAUGCUUUGUAUCUGGCUUCCACUUCUGACAGAUUAAAUUUUGGGCAAUAUUACAGAAGUGGGUAUUUUUCUAGUAAAGUUUUUAAAAAGAAAAAAAAAGAUUACCCCCCCCCCCAGUCUAAUCACAGUAUUUCUUUAAUUGUUUACAUAGUUUAAUCGGUGCUGGAAAUACCAUGACUUGCAAAGCAUUUUACAGUGUCCCUCAGUUUCAUUCUUUCAUUUUCAUUUCAUUUCUUUCUUGGUUAGCAGCAUGUUAUGCUUGCACUUUUUUUUCCCCUCCACAUGACUAGAAUAAGGCCUUGUAUUAAGUACAUGAAAACCCAGUGGUAGUCUAUGUUAAGUAACUUGCUGCUCGUUCUACUCAUUUUCUGCUUUGAAAUCAUGCAUAGUAGUAAAGUAAAACAGCUGAGGAUGUAGUUUAUUCUUUGUCAUGUAGAUAAACAUUUUGCCUUAAUGGGUGCAAAAGAGCAGUGGUAAUUACUGUGCACUGAUUUUAACCUAGGGGUUAAGUCCUACAAAAAAUUAAGCCAAUGUAUUUCCAUUCCAACAGUUAGAGGGAAAUAAACAGCCCUGCACUUUUUCUUAGAUGCCUUGGUUUCCCAGAAUGGAGUUUAGUGCUACUGUGUAUCUGGCUGCAGAGCCACCUCAGGAAGUCUUUUUUCUCUUCCUUUUUUCUCUUUUUUCUCUUCCUUUUUUCUCUUUUUUCUCUUCCUUUUUUCUCUUUUUUCUCUUCCUUUUUUCUCUUUUUUCUCUUCCUUUUUUCUCUUUUUUCUCUUCCCCCCUUCCCUUUAUUUAUAAACAUGAAUGUUUACAUAAAGUGUAGGUCUUAAUUUUGACCACUCCAUUUAAAUUAUCUUCAGAAGUAUUUCACUUAAAAUACAGUCUCAUGUUUAAACUAUAUUCUGCGAAACUCCUUCUUAGUAUUUUUCAUAUGUAUUACAAUGACACAUUUUUAUCGUGUUUACAUAUGCCCAAGUUAAUUAUAUUUUCUUCCUAGUUUAAAUUUGCAGCUGUAUUGUAAUAUUGUGUAUGGUUUAGUGAAGUGUUCCAAAUUGCCAAGUUUAUCAUCAUAAAACUUGUUAAGGUAAAAUUCAGUGCCCUAGUGGGGUUUUCCAAAUAAAUGUAUUGGCCAUUUUCUUCUGUGUUUAAUCAAAGUUCUUCUGUAACUUUCCAUCUGCUUCACCUGCAUCUCUAUAUUUUAGCUUAUUAAUCUGUGCCCUUUGCAAAGGCAGGUUCAACAUGCUGUAAAUUGUGUGUCUAAUGAAUAAGUGUAAUGUAAGAGAGCCUGCACCAUCUCAAAGGGUUAUCCUGUACAUAUGUUCUAUAAAUCAUUAGGUAAAUGGUUCAUGAUUUUCAGUUCACAAAUGUAGUCUGUUAGAAGAGCAUCACACAGUGAUUUUAUGGGUUUAUUUUGCUUUGUGUGAUUAGUAAUGUUUUAAUUACUCAUCUAGGUCAAAUUCACUAUGAAGUACAGUACAAAUGUGUGAAAUAUUUUGUUUAUACCAACAGUAAUUUAUUUUACAACAAAUUUAAGACUAGAGGCACACAGCUUUGAGUCAGUGUAAAAGUAGUGCUAUAAAUACAAAGCAAAUUGCUUCUUAAUUUUAAAUCGACUUUAUUUUGUAACUUUUUUAGAGAUAUGAUAAACUGUAGGACAUUUUAGUUGGCAUUGAAGUUAGUCUAAACACACUUUCAUAUUGAAUUUGGUACCUGUUGACAUUGAUUUGGAAUAAUGGGGUGAAAAUCAAGACUUUUCUAAAUAAUGUUUUAUUGGCAGGAGAAGACACAUUAGUUGUAUCUUUUUUUCUGUUGUUGCUGAUGCGCUUCUGUGCAAAUGUGUCUUCCAGUGUUCAGCAUCUUUAGCUGAACCACAAUUUUGAUUUUAAUAUUGAUCAUUUGAAAUGUGAUUACAGUGUAUGGUUUGAAUUUUUUAUGACUGCUUUUCUAAUUACAAUGAUCUUUUCUUACUUUAUAACAAAAUCCAAAGUUUUACAUUAUUCCACAUUAAAACAUUAUUCCAAAUGCAGAAUCAAUAUUCAGUUUAUACAGAAAACACAAAUUUCAGACUUGUCUUUAAUGUGAAAGAUCCAGCCUUUUGUUAAGUGUUUUAAGUGCUGGCAGAAGAAAACUAUCUUUUAUAAUGUUUCAGAAAGUCAAUAAAAGUAAUAAAAAUCUACUGAACUCUA